AUGGCAGACUCGUGGAAAGACGGCAUCCUCCUCAAGAUCGUCAAUGUACUCGUCUACAUCCUCUUCCUCGGCUCCAACGUCUACGCCGUCGCCCAGCCCAGCGGGCCGUACUUGUCCGGCAAAGAAACCUAUCUCACCCCCGCGCCCUGGGCCUUUGGCAUCUGGUCCCUCAUCCACCUCCUCCUCCUCGGCACCAUAGUCUACCAAUUCUUCAGCGGCGGCAAACCCGUCAUCGUCGACGCCAUCGGCUGGCGCCUCCCGCUCCUCGCCCUCCUCAACGCCGUCUACGUCAACCUCUGCGCCCGCGCCCACUACGUCCUCGCCUUCGUCCUCGCCCUCUUCGUCAGCAGCGCCGUCACCCACAUCUACUACAUCGUCAAAAAGUACCACGCGCCCCAGAGCAUCCCCGACGAGCUCUUCGUCCACCUCCCCUUCUCGCUCUACCACGGCUGGACAACCGUCCUCGUCGUCCUCUCCGCCUUCCAGGCCUUUGGCCUCAACGCCCUCACCCACGCCCCCGGCGUCUGGACAAAGCUCUUUGUCUUCCUCGCCCUCUUCUUCCUCGAGGGCACCGCCGCCACCUACGCCUUCUCCUCCCCCGAGGGCGACCUCCCCGCCUCCAUCGCCGUCGCCUGGUCCCUCUGGGCCAUCUUCGCCCACCAGUCCGCCCCCGCCGCCGGCAAAUUCAUCCACUUUUCCGCCCUCGCCUUUGCCGUCCUCGCCCUCUUCUGGGUCCUCAAGGGCGCCUGGGGCGUCGGCGCGCGCGUCCGCCGCGCCCGCGGCGGCGGCGUCAGCCUCGAGGACCCCGAGCGCGCCCCGCUCGUCGGCAGCGGGUAG